AUGGCCACACUCUCUGACGAUACUAUUCGCAAGGUCUUUGUGGAAUUACAAAGCAAAUUCAUCCAUAGUCAACAACAAGCAAAUACAGUAAAGGCUCAAAUAGCAGGCAAACAACGCGAGCGUAAAUUGGCAGAGCUUACCAGACGUGAAUUGGAUGGCUUGGAUGACAAUACCAAGACGUACAGACCUGUUGGCAAAAUGUUCAUUCAAAGCCCAUUGAGCGACAUGAAGAAGCAAUACGUAGACUCGAUUGCAGCAGCAGAUGAAAAUAUCAAAAGCUUGGAAAAGACACAAAAGUACUGGGAACGAUCAGCUUCUGAUGCUCAAGGCAAUCUCAAGGAUAUUCUCCAAGGCCCUAGAACCUGA